ACCUUUCCCUGCGCAAGGCACCAUCAAUCCUCUCAUUAAUUUGGCCCAGUUGCUCUCUUCAAGAGGGGUUUUCAUCACUUUCGUAAACAUGGAUUGGAGUCACAAGUGCAUGUCUAAAGCAGCUCAUAAUGAUGAUGAGCCCACGUUUAAGUUUCUCACCAUUCCAGAUGGAUUGCCGCCAGAUCAUGGUCGUCUCGCCAAUCUUGCCGAGUACGUAAUCGCAAUGGAAAAUCUUGGCCCUGUCUUGGAGCAUCAUUUGCUGAGCAGCUUAUCAGAUGGAAAAACUCCUCCCGUCACCUGCAUUAUAACAGAAAAUUUCAUGUCCUGCACUCACCAAGUGGCCAAAAAACUGGGAGUGCCCCUAGUGAUCUUCUGGACAUUGUAAGCUACCUCUUCUAUUGCUCAGUGCAACGCCAACCUUCUCCUCUCCCACGGACAUAUUCCUGUCAAAGUGGAGGACUCGAAGAGGGCGGACAAAGUGAUCACUUGUUUGCCCGGGAAUCUUCCACCUCUGUUACCGAGCGAUCUGUUCUCUUUCUACCGUGCUACCGACACAUCGGGCGUUUUAUUCCAGUGGGCCCUGCGUGAGUCCCAAUUCCAAAGCAAGGCAGACUAUGUGCUGGUCAACACGUUCGAUGAGCUGGAACCCCCUGAGACGGUUAGCGCACUGUCCUGUAAUGGCUGCCCUGCUUUGGCAGUAGGCCCUGUCUUUCUUCCCAAUUUUCUGGAAGGAAGAGAUUUGAACGGGCGUGGGAGUUUGCUGGAGCAGGACGAGAGCUGUCUGAAAUGGCUCGAUGCCCAAGACCCGGCUUCUGUGAUAUACGUUUCCUUCGGCAGCAUCGCUGUCAAAUCAAAGAACAGCUGGAGGAACUGGCAAUCGGAUUGGAGAAAAGCCAACACCCCUUUCUUUGGGUGUUACGAAUGGAUAUUGCGGGAGGCAUGCCUGCAACUCUGCCGGAGGGUUUCGAAGAGAGGACAAAAGAUCGGGGACUGAUUGUGAAAUGGGCGCCUCAGGUGAAAGUUCUUUCUCAUCCUUCCGUAGGAGGGUUCAUCAGCCAUUGCGGGUGGAACUCGUGUUUGGAGAGCAUGAGCAUGGGUAUUCCCAUUCUUGGAUGGCCCUAUUUCGCUGAUCAGUUUCUGGACUGCCGCUUCUGCAAGGAUGUGUGGAAGAUUGGCAUUGACUUGGAAGGUGUGGACGUUGAUGAAAAUCUGGUGAUCAAAAGGGAGGAAAUUGAGAGAGGCAUGAGGAGACUGAUGGAGGGUAAGGAAGCGCAGGAGCUGAGAAAAAGAGGCAUGGAGUUGAAGGGGGCGGCAUUUAAAGCUGUUGGGCAGGGAGUUUCUUCUUUUACGAAUUUGAACAGGUUUAUCCAUGACAUGACACAACUUUCCAAAUCGGCUUCUGUUAAAACGGCGUAGCCCCAAAGCAUUCCAUCCAUCUGCUAAUUUCAUACAAUCUUCUCCGUUAAUAAAAAAGAUAGGUUUAUAAAGCACCCACCUUCGCCCUUGGCAUUUCAUCAUUCAUCUAUCAAUUCAACAGACAAUUUAUUAAAUGAUCUGUACUGGCUAUUGUAUUUUGGUACAUUAGGGCUGUAUCAUUUCUAAAUAAGACCAGAAUUGUCUAUACAUCUUUCAAUCGUGGUUCCAUUUGAAUGCUGGACAAUGACAAGCUUUUCUUUGUGGACUACUACUCAUAAACUCUAUUGGAUCUAAAAAGGUUUUAUACAUUUUUCUUAUUUAGAGGAUCA